UCCAAAACAUGCAGACAUUAUUCAGAAGAAUAGAGGCAGAAGCACGCCACAUUGGGUUGUGAUUAGUUAUGUCUCACAUGAACGUUUGGAUCGAAAACUAUGUUGUGAGCCUGCCCCCGAGCCGAGAGGAGGCGAGCGGACUGUCCGGGAAGCCUGUCAAGGUGCAGGCCGAGAGGGAAGGCUGUCACGAGACUUCUCACCGAGGACCCGAGGACGAGGGACGAUGAGGCUGAUCUGGGUGUUUUGCGCUUUAUCUUCGGCGUGGGUCGCCAACGGCCAGCUCUUGAGAUACGAAGGGAAGAUACAUUUUGGUGCAAAUGGUCACGGCCAGCUGCCCCAUAGCAAGAAACUUCUUGGUGGAGAUGGACAUGAUCAGCAACCUCAUGGCCAGAAACUUCUUGGGGUAGAUGGCCAUGAUCAGAGAGCACAUAGCCAGGUUCUCCUUGGUGGUGAUGGCCAUGACCAGAGGCAUCACAGCCAGCCACUUCUUGGAGCAGAUGAUCAUGAUAUGCGACCCCAUGGACAGAAACAUCUUGGUGGAGAUGGCCAUGAUCAGCAACCUCAUGGACAGGCACUCUUUGGUGCAGAUGACCAUGAUCAGCGACCCCAUCAUAAAACUCUUCUUGGGGCUGAUGGCCAUGAUCAACAACCUCAUACUCAGACUCUCCUUGGGGCUGAUGGCCAUGACCAGCGACCUCAUACUCAGACUCUCCUUGGGGCAGAUGGACAUGAUCAGCAACCCCAUGGCCAGGUUCUUCUUGGAGGAGAUGGCCAUGAUCAGCAAUCACAUGGACAGGAAGAAGAUAGUCCUCGUGAACUGAGCCACACCCACAUGUUCAAAGGUUUCAUGAAGAAAUACAACAGAUCUUAUGACAGCCAGCAUGAAUUUAAGAAAAGGUUUAGCAUCUUCCGUCACAACAUGAAGAAGAUCCACAUCCUUCAGCAGAGUGAGAAGGGAACCGCCAAGUAUGGACCAACCAAGUUUGCUGAUCUUACUGAACACGAAUUCCGCCAGAUGCUAGGCUUGCGGCCUGACCUCAAGCCAACACUUUCCCAAAUGGAACCUGCUGAGAUCCCAAGUGGAGACAUUCCUUCUGAAUUUGAUUGGAGAGAUCAUGGUGUUGUUACCCCAGUAAAGAACCAGGGAAUGUGUGGAUCUUGCUGGGCCUUCUCAGUGACUGGUAAUGUCGAAGGACAGUGGGCUUUGAAGCACCAGCAUCUGUAUUCUCUCUCGGAACAAGAACUUGUUGACUGCGAUAAAACUGAUGAAGGAUGCAACGGAGGCAUGCCUGAAAAUGCAUACGAGGCCAUUGCAAAGCUUGGUGGCUUGGAGUCUGAGAACGAUUACCCUUAUGAAGCAAAGGAUGAGACGUGUCACUUCAAUAAAAAUAAGGUGAAGGUUACUGUUAAUGGAUCAGUGGAGCUUCCCCAGAACGAGGAUGACUUGGCAAGGUGGCUUGUCAAGCAUGGCCCCAUCUCUAUCGGAAUCAAUGCCAAUGCUCUGCAGUUCUACGUAGGUGGAGUCUCCCAUCCCUUGAAGUUCCUGUGCAACCCCAAGAGCUUGGAUCAUGGCAUGCUGAUUGUUGGAUAUGGUGUACACACUACAAAAUACCUACACAGAAGGCAACCAUAUUGGAUUGUGAAGAAUUCAUGGGGUCCUGACUGGGGUGAAAAGGGAUAUUACCGAGUGUAUCGAGGAGAUGGCACAUGCGGAGUGAACCAGAUGGCUACAAGCGCCAUUGUUCCUUAGGUGGUGUGAUCUCAGCAAGGAAGAUUUUUAGUGUGACCAACUCUAAUAUAUAUCUUAGAGCUUUUGUAGGUGUUAGUGGUUUCCAUCACUAAGGUUGUGGUAUUAAAUUUUGUAAAAACUUGACUGAUGUAUUUUACUGGGAGUACUUGAUUUUUUACACAUAUAAUUUUCAUCCUGCAUGUGCUAAUUACUGAAGGUAAUGCUAGAUAUAGAGUUUCUUGUAUGUUUUAUUUUGUUGCAUGGAAAACAAAUAUGAUUCAAUGUAUUUUAAUUUUUAUUGUAAUGUUGAAAAGAAUGCACAUUGCAUUAUCUUGUUUUUUAUUGUAAUACAUUCUAGUGCAUCCCAGAGAGCAGCAGAAAAAAAUACAAUAUAUGAUAAGGUGACCCUACUUAAGAGCUGUAGUCACAAAGAAUCAAAGUAACUUUUAACAUGAAUGAAGGCAUCUCAUAUAUAGUUAUUAUAUACUCAUUGUUUUCAAAACAAAAGUGUGAAGAACAAAUAUGGAUCAUGACAGUGUGUGAGACGUAAAUUCAUAUUAGAGCAGGA